AUGCGCGUGCUGCGCGUCGCCACGGCUGGCACGGCGCACCCCUUCGGCGACGAGCGCACGGUGCGCCAGGCGUUCCCCAAGGCCAUCGCGGCCGAGGACGCGGACCCGUUCCUCAUGUGCGACAACUUCGCGUUCGCGCCGGAAAAGGCGAACUUCGGCGAGGACGAGUUCCCCAUCGGCUGGCACCCGCACCGGGGCAUGGACAUCCUGUCCUACCAGAAGACGGGCCUCGGCCGCCACGGCGACAGCCUCGGCCACCGCGAGACGUACGAGACGCCCGGCAUCCAGUGGAUGAGCUGCGGGUCCGGCGUCGAGCACGCCGAGGGCGGCGGCGGCGACGGCGAACUGAUGAAGGGCUUCCAGAUCUGGGUGAACGUGCCGUCGUCGAAGAAGCUCGACGAUCCGCGCUACGGCACGCACCCGCCGUCGGAGAUCCCGACGGAGCGCGGCGCGGGCGUCGCGCGGCGGCUCCUCGCGGGCGCCAUCGGCGACGAGAAAGGCCCCUUCGAGACGGCGACGCCCGUGCAGAUGGUCGACUGGGAGCUCGAGGCCGGCGCGUCCCUGGAACACGAGCUGCCGUCGACGAUGGACACGGCGCUCCUCUACGUCUACGAGGGCGGCGCGCGGGUCAACGGCGCGGCGGCCGCCGCGCACGACGUCGUCGAGCUCGACGCGUCGUCGGCCGAGGACCGCGGCCUCGACAUCACCGCGGGGCCCGACGGCUGCGCGGCGAUGCUGUUCGCGGGCAAGAAGCUCCGGGAGCCCAUCGCGCACGGACCCAUCGUCAUGAACAGUCAAAGCGAGAUCCAGCAGGCGUUCAAGGAGCUCCGGUCCGGAAAAUUUCCUCCCGUGCGGGUCCCUUGGGACUACAAGCGCGCGAGCGCGAGGCCAAAGAAGUAA